AUGGCGGAUCAACAAGACAAGUACCGCGACUCGAACCACAUGGUCGAGAUGGGUGACUCACGACCGGAUCGUUCCCCGCUUUUGACUCAAGACGAUAUCAAGUCGGAGAGUAGCGAUGAUAUCGACAUCAAGACUGAAUACGAGGAAUCCCCGCGCAAGCGAUCUAGUCCUGACAGCGACGAUGGCCAAGGUCCACGCAAACGUAGAUGCAUGACACCGGGUUCAUCGGUUUGCAGCGACUCGGCUGACCCGGACGAUCUGGAAAUCUAUGAUCACUGUAGCUUCAAAACAACUUUAGACAUCGACCCCAACGACGCAUCCCACGAUGAUGGACUCGGCAAAGCCAUUGACCAGGUCUCCAACUCUACUCCAGAGCGUCGACGUACGGUACAAAGCCCUCCCAGCCUUCACUUGAGCAAUGUCAUCGAUAUCUUUGCCCAAAAUCCUCUUACUUUUGGAUCGCGUCUGUCUCCGUGGUUGACGCACAAGGUCGUUGAUGCUCUAGAUCCCGCACUGCCCAAGGCCGUAAGGGAUGCAGCGAUGUUACUUCUUCUUACUGAGUAUCACGAUGAAAUUGACGACACUGGAUUCUUUCAAUUUGUGAAGCUUCAAGCGGCUUACAAAGAAUUCUACGCCCCAUCGCACGAUGCACAUGAACCCAUUCCACGCCUCUUCCUCGAGGUUCUAAGAGCGAUCGCAGUGGGUGUUGAGGACGCGAGAGACGAGAUUUACAAGAUGGUUCCGAGCCUCAACCCAGAGUAUGGAAGCAAAAACGCCAAUGGAACCGACCACAUGGAACGCCCUUGGUCCUGGGACUGCGCCCAAAUGACUGUGGGUGUAGUUUGUGAUUUCGAUGACGACCCGAAGAAGUGGCAUGAGUAUCAACUAGGUCUUACCGCGGAGUUCGGGCACCCCUUUACCCAUCCUCUCGCUCGCCAUGAUCCUUCUCUCACGACUUUACGUCCAUUCUAUUCUGUGUAUGCCGAUCUCAAGAAGUUCUGGAACGUGCACAUCCAACAUGCGCACUGGACCACCGACAUUGAGGGAUAUUGCUCAUCGCUCGAAAUCGUAGAGGUCGAUGGCGAAGAGGUACUCAAGGUCCACCAACUUCCUACCAAGAAGGACGAAGCCCCCGCCUCACACACAAAUCAUCCCGAGAUGGAGAAGAAGCUACGUUUUAGAAAAUUACUGAAGAUGGAGGGCAUCGAGGACCCAGAAAUCAUCAGCGCCGCCGUUCGAUGUUUCGACAAAUGUAUGAACGCUGGUGAUUCGGAGUUGGAUUCUUAG